AUGGCAACUGCCACGCAGACUCUCUCCAGUACGGCACUUGAGCUUCCAAAUCUUGCCCCAAACGCCUUGGGUGAACGCCAGCGCAAUGUCCCCGCCGCCAGAGAGCCGGAGCCGGAGCUUGACGAGGUCAUGCAGCAAUCCCUGAUAGCAGACUCCCAGGUCCCCGACGGAGGGUACGGAUGGGUUCUGAUCUCCGCUUGCGCGGUGGUGACCUGGUGGUUCAUUGGGACUUCGUACACCUGGGGUGUGAUGCAGGCGGCUCUCGUCGAGAAGAAAGGGUACUCAUCGUCGACGCUGGCAUUUGUGGGAUCGCUAUGCCCUUCUUGUAUUUCCCUACUGGCAGUGCCAAUUGCGACCAUCAUUCGCAAGAUCGGAGCACAGGUCACUGCGCUGCUGGGCAUUUCUCUGCUUGGUCUAGGAUGCGUACUUAGUGGCUUUGCGACUGAUAGCAUAGCAGGGCUGUUCAUCACCUGGGGAGUCGUGGGAGGUCUGGGAACAAGCUUAUGCUUCAUGGUUGUCUCUGUUACUCCAGCACAAUAUUUCAAGGCAAAGCGUGGAAUAGCCAAUGGUAUUGUCUACGCCAGUGGUGGACUUGGAGGUGCUGUCAUCAGCUUCAUUUUGAAUGCACUGCUUGAAAAUGUCGGCCUCGCCUGGACAUUUCGUAUCCUGGGAUUCAUGAUCAUCACCACCGGUCUGCCAGCCGCCUACUUGAUUAAAGAGCGAGCACCAAUUCACCGAACCAAGAUGGUAGAAUGGAGUCUGUUCCGUGAUGUCCGCUUCGUCUUCCUUUUUGCUACAGGCGCCAUCGGUACAUUCCCACUCUUCGUCCCGGCUUUCUUCCUUCCGUUAUACACCAACUCCCUGGGGCUGCCCUCAAGUGCCGGUGCAGGACUUGUGGCAGCAUUCAAUUUCUCUUCCGCAAUCGGCCGUCUCUCCUGUGGAUUCGCAUGCGACAGACUCGGGUCGCUCAACACUCUGUUCUUAUCUCUCCUGCUCAGCACGGUAAGCAUUUUCGUGCUGUGGCCUCUCUCACUCUCCAUCGGCCCUCUUAUCGUAUUCGUGAUCAUCAAUGGUGCCGCCAAUGGUGGUUUCUUUUCAACAAUGCCAACUGUUGUUGGGAAUGCUUUCGGGUCUGCCCGUGUGUCGGUAGCCAUGGGGAUGGUUGUUAGCGGCUGGCUUGGAGGAUAUCUCAUGGUAAGGCGCGCCUAUUGCUGGUUAUAUUCUGAAUGCCUCUGGAGGACAAUCGGGGGCGCUGGCGCUUACCGGCCUGCUAUCUUCUACGCCGGCUCCAUGGCAUUUACGGCGACUGUGUUGGCCGGAGUGGUGCGGAUGAAGGUUGAUCGGCGACUCAAAAAGACGGUCUGA